UUAAAUCUGAUGGGUGCAAUGAUCCAACUGUGGGUUCAGCAUCUUCAGUUACAGACUGAAAAUGAAGGAGGGUUCAUUCCUCAUUUCAUUAAAACUCCUGAACCACAACAAGCCACAUUAAACUUGCUAAUUUUUGAAGGCAUAUAAAAUCAACAAUAUGGAUUUUGUCAUUACGUGCAGGGGUUACGAUGGGUCAAAGCUAUGCAGUAAUCAUCUCAUUUGUUUUCUUGAAUGAUUAAUGUUUUGCAGUGAUGUCUCCAAAGGUUUAUCCAAAUGAUCCUCUGUUCUGCUUCCAGGUGAUACUGCAGAGAAAACAAUGUCACCCCAUGUUUUGCCAUCACGCUGCACAUUUUCAAUUGUUUUAUAAAAGAGAAAAUGGUGAUACAUGUAUUUCAAAACAUCAUGUGUGGACAAACCAUAAAGAACUAGCUGGAUAUUUUGUGUCGAAAUCACAGUACAGCAUCUUUCUUAUUGAGUCAUUUACUUUGCUUCUCUGCUACACCAGCAUUUAUUGUUCACCAACCUGCCAAAUCUCAUUUUAAGCCCUGGUUCUCUUUCAGACCUCACUAUGGGGGUGCCUUCUGGUGCACUCAAUCAUUGAAGCUCCACUUCCACCACAUUGGUCUAAGACCGAUCAAUCAUUUCAAGGACACAGGGUCCCCUGACCCCCUUUAUAAUAGAGUGUUCACAUGUUUAGCUGAUUUGAUUGCAUGUGCUUCUAGCAGAAAGAAAGUGGAGAAAAAUAUCCAGGUUCUGAUAUGCAGCCUAUUUAGUUUAGAUUUCAUCAUCAACUGUAACAAGAGUGCGCUGUCUCUCACUCACAGAAUAGAAUAUUUGGGUUAUAAUAAACUUUUGGUUUUUCUGUCACAAAAUUUGAAAAAUUUCACUAGUACUAGCUCUGUUCCCCAAGGUAAACAGUAACAUUUAGAGCUUGUUUGCACUUGAGUGGGCUGUUGGCCUCAGUAAUCACUAUCAUCCUAGAGACUGUUGAGGAUGCUGCAUUUUGAGCACUGGGUGUCCUCUCUGCUUUUGGACGUUGGAUACCCCGUUUGAUGAGAAAUGUGUGUUUUCCCCCAAAUGUGUGAUGGCUCUCCAUCGCUGCAGACAAAAAAAUGUUCAUCACCAUUGUACCCUUGUGUUAGGUGACUUUGGGGAAAACUGAAUGCAGAUGUCAUGGUGCAUCAACCAGGUUGAUUCUGUUCAUCUGGGGGUAGCGUUUUCAGUGGGAGAAACGUUUCAGUCAUGAGAGUAACCUGUAAUAGCGAACUGAUCUUGAGACUGUCUCAUCUGUUAGCAGCUGGAUCAUUUGUGCUGCCAGACAAACUUUUUUUGCAUUUCCCCAGUAAAAUAUGAUGUUUCUAAAGGAAUUUGACCAGCUCAACUCAAGACAUCAGUUUUGUUCUAUUGGGGAGAAUUUAUGAGAAAAACAGAAAGCAAAGUUUAAAAUGUAAUCAUAAAAUAUUUAAUAAUUCAUUGAUUUUGACACGCUGAACUCCAAAAUAUUUAAUUACCAUUUCUGUAUCAGGUAAGACUCGAAUGAAACUACAUUUACACAUUCAACGUUUUCAUGUCACUGGUUGCACAGGCCUAUGGAAUAAUAUGAACUCUCAACAACAGCAACCUCUCAGUAUUGACGAGCUCCACUUCAGUAAAGUAAUGCAAUAUAUUACUUAAAUUACUCGCAAGAGAAAGUAAUUUGUGUUACUGCUACUUACUUUCUCGUUACUCCUAAAAUGGUGCACUCUCCCAUAAUUACCAGUUAACAAUAUAAACGUUGGGCACAUACCAACACAAAUCCCUAUCCUUCUGAAUACAAACAAAGACUCUUCUGGAUUGUAGUCUAGGUUUGCGUUAACAUGUUAUCUAUGCAGAUGAUAGUUCUGUUAGCACUAUGUUAUUUCUGUUCUGUCCACUUUACCACUGCAAUCUUGUCCUUUUGAGUAAUAAAAAUAAAAUUCCACAUCGCGUUACAGUGGUGUGAAAAAGUGUUUUCGCCUUUCCUCAUUUCCUAUUUUUUUGUAUGUUUGCCACGCGUAAAUGUUUCAAAUCAUCAAACAAAUCUAAAUGUUAGACAAAGAUAAUACAACACAAUUUUAUUAUGAAACCCGCAGAGCCCUGUGUGAAAAGCUGUGAUAGUGUAACUGACAGUGUGCUAGCUCCUUAGCUAGCACACUAUACAAACAGUAUACAAACAGUUAGAACAAAGAUGAAAGAUUAUUGAAGACAUGCAUGCUGGCACAUUUCAUUCACUGCAUAAAACCUGAAACUAUCAAAAACCUAGAGUUCAAGAUUUAGAAAACAUUGUCCAGAGCUGUGUAUUGGCAUCUGAGUUGGUGCUAUUUCUAGUUUAGUGUCCUGACAAAAGUGGCAGGAUGAACCUAACCUCAGGGCGUUAUAAGGUCAUGGUACUGAUGGAUCAAUAGCUUCAAACCGACCUACUUUCCAGCUUUAAAAUAGUGUCAGUCAGACUGCACAGUAGGGUGUUGUCUGUCUCCAAGGGAUUAAAAUAUCACACUUACACUACACUUCAAUCUACAAUUUGAUUAAUGGCCUUAUGCCAAAACACACAGGGACGAGGACUCUAGAAAAUAUCUAAUAUUAAUAUGACAGAAGAUGGGGGACUGGAAUCUAUUAGGGAGUAUUUUAGAAGAGGUCCACAUUCAUUCCACCAUCGUUGGGAAGAUAUGGCUCACAAUCCUCUUCAUUUUCCGGAUGCUUGUGCUCGGCGUCGCAGCUGAGGAUGUCUGGGAUGAUGAACAGAGCGAGUUUGUUUGUAACACAGAGCAACCUGGCUGCAAGACUGUCUGUUACGACCAAGCUUUUCCCAUCUCUCUCAUCCGCUACUGGGUCCUGCAAAUUAUCUUUGUAUCCUCACCCUCUCUGGUCUACAUGGGUCACGCCUUGUAUCGUUUGAGGACCCUUGAGAAGGAGAGACACAGGAAGAAAGCGUGUCUGAAAGCUGAGCUGGAAGGUACAGAUCCCGUCCUGGAUGACCAUAAAAGAAUUGAGAAAGAGCUCAGGAAAUUAGAUGAACAGAAGAAAGUAAGGAAAGCUCCUCUCAGGGGCUCUUUGCUGCGUACAUAUGUUUUCCAUAUUUUGACCAGAUCUGUAGUGGAGGUGGGUUUCAUUAUAGGACAGUUUGCUCUGUAUGGGAUUGGACUGUCUGCACUCUACAAAUGUGAAAGGAUGCCUUGCCCUAACAGCGUUGAUUGUUUUGUGUCACGACCGACAGAGAAGAACAUUUUCAUGGUUUUCAUGCUGGUUAUUGCCGGAGUUUCUUUAUUCCUCAAUCUCCUAGAGAUUUCCCAUUUGGGGGUGAAGAAGAUUAAACAAAUCUUGUAUGGAUAUAAAUAUGGGGAUGAUGAGAGUAUGUGCAGGUCAAAGAAGAACUCCAUGGUGCAGCAGAUCUGUGUGCUCUCAAAUUCCUCACCACAGAGAUUAAUCCAGCUCACGCAGAUGACCUGCUCUGCUUUGCCUGAAACUCACGGGGAGAGUCAGCCUUUGAAUUUGGCCUUAGUGGCCCCUCAGAGUAUCGAAGGUCACAGCAUCUCCUGCCGCCCCAGCCAAGCUGAAAUCCAAGGUCUGCACCAGCUGGGUGCCAUGGAAAGACGUUACACUCUGGAAAAUCGCAAACCGUCAUGCAGCAGCGAUGAUUCAAAUGGACCCCAUGGUUCUGGUAAACCACAAUAUGUGGGGCCUCGACCUACGCUGAUGGCCGGCCACAUGGAAAUCCCAGCAGCCCUGAGAAACCCACAGAGGAAGCAGAGCAGAGUGAGUGUAUGUAAGGAGCUCAGCGAUAUGAGUGAUUCUCCGGAGAGUGAACACUAUCCCACAGCCAGAAAAUGCAGUUUUAUGUCCAGAGGACUGUCGGAGGGCAAGCUGGCCAGUCCGUCUGACAGUGGAGACUGUCAGAGUGGAACGGACAAUGCAUCCCAGCAUCUUAGCGAGGGGGAGAGUCCAGUGGUGUCUCCACCACCUCCAGCUGGAGGGAGGAGGAUGUCCAUGAGCAUGAUUCUGGAGCUGUCUUCAAUCAUGAAAAAGUAAACUAUAAAGUACAGUUCUGGGACCAAACGAGUGCCAAUGGGAGUUCUAAAUUAGCCAAAGGAGCCUGAUUUCAAAUCGAGUCUCAUCCUGUUUCUCUGCAGCAACAUUAUAUGUCCACAGUGUGCUUAUACAGUAUGUUUUCUGCAUGAAUAAUUUAGUUAUUUUCCACAUCCAAGAGACACUUAAUUUGCUUUAUGUAAUGUGUGAUUGCUAUUCCUAUCAACUGUUUGAUUAUAAGUUUACACCAGAUAAAAGAAGUAUUGAAAACGUCACAGUUUUCUAAGUAAAUCUAUUUCAAAAAGGUUUGUUGACGUCACCAGAUGUCGGUAACUACCCAUCCAAUCCACUCAUGCGAGAAAUCAAAUCAUAGAUGUCCAGAAAUUAAGCUAUGUGUGAAAAUGAAAAAAUGGCAUUGGGAGAAAGUACUGAAUGCAUGAAGAAAGCAAAGAGGCAUGGAGAGUCAUGGCACCAGCUGAAAGCAAUCCUGCCACUUCAGUUCCAACUAAUGGCCUAAAAAAAGGUGUCUCAUUACCAAGAUGUCACACAAGAAGCAUCUCAUGAUGGGUAACUGAUGAUACUGAUGACACUGGUUACAGAAGAAAUUACUAAAGAAACUACUAAAUUACUGAAGGUUCCAGUGAGCGCUGUUGGGGGCAUAGUUUGAAAGAGGAAAGAACAAAUGUCACCACAAACCGGCCGCUACCAAGUGCUUCCCUCAAGAUUUCAGACAGAAGGUGAAUGUAGCUCAGGCGGUAAACCAAGUCAUCUGAACUCAAUUAAAUUCAGUUUUAUUUAUACAGUGCCA